AGUCUCAGUCUCCGUCUCCCCGCCCAGCGCCUCAGCCCUCGUCCCUCCCCGCUCCCUCCCUCCCUCUCCCCGCCGCCAGCGGAGCUCCCCGGCCCGGUGAGGCUGUGAUGUCACAGCCGGGCUGCUUUCCAGCGGAGUCGAGGAGGAGGACGGUCAUGGUGCCGGCAGCUCGGGUCCUGCCGCCGGCUUCCCGCUAGACCCCCCCAGUGCCGCCGACCCGGCGCCCCGGGAUCCGGGAGAAAGCCCCCCGUUUCUGGAGGAUGGACGGGCAGGGCAGCGCCGAGCAGGAGCAGCUGCUGCGCUUCUUGAAGAAGCUGAAGGAGGUGUUCGACGUCUGCGACCAGGAUGCAGCCGGAUAUAUUCGGGUCGAGCAUUUCGUUCACCUGGGCUUACAGUUCGGGCAGGGAGACGAGGUGAAGAAGCUGACAAAAUACCUGGACCCCCAGGCGCUGGGCAGGAUCAACUUCAGGGACUUCUGCCACGGGGUGUUCGCUAUCAAAGGCUGCGAGGAGAUCCUGAAGAAUGCUCUAGGUGCCAGGAGCGCGGGCUGCCGUCCCUGCGAGAUGGACAAUGGUUAUUACUACCAGCGUGCCGAGGAGGGGCUGGGCCAGCCCAUCGUGGUGUGCCCACAGCCGUACCCUGACUGCGAACUCUUCCCUGAUGAGGACGGCAUGAUGCUGGCGCAGCGCGAUGCCCACGAGUCGGACAUGGACAGCGCCAUCGAGAGCACCCCCGGCUCCGAGCUCCUGGAAGGGGGGCGGCCCGAGGACAAGGAGGAGGGGCUGGGGGGGCUCUUCCUUGCCGCGGACAAGUCCGCUCAGCUCAACCCGUCUGUGACGUCGGACCUGUCGGCCCGCUCCUCCGCCUCCCUCAUCAGCAACGAGGAGCAGUUCGAGGACUAUGGGGAGGGGGAGGACGUAGACUACACUCCCAGCAGCCCCUGCCCGGACGACGAAACACGCACCAACGGCUACUCGGACCUGGGCUCGUCCGUCUCGUCGAGCGCUGGCCAGACGCCCCGCAAGGUGCGACACCUGUACAACAGCGAGCUGCUGGACAUCUACUGCUCCCAGUGCUGCAAGAAGGUCAACCUGCUGAAUGACCUGGAGGCCCGGCUCAAAAACCUGAAGGCCAACAGCCCCAACAGGAAGAUCUCCAGCACUGCUUUCGGCAGGCAGCUCUUCCACAACAGCAACUUCAGCAGCAGCAACGGCAGCACGGAGGACCUGUUCCGUGACAGCAUCGACUCCUGCGACAAUGACAUCACCGAGAAGGUCAGCCACCUGGAGAAGAAGGUGACGGAGCUGGAGAACGACAGCCUGGUGAGCGGAGACCUCAAGUCCAAGCUGAAGCAGGAGAACACGCAGCUGGUGCACAGGGUCCACGAGCUGGAGGAGCAGAUCAAGGACCAGGAGGCGCGGGCUGAGCAGACGCUGGAGGAGGAGCUGAAGAGGCACCGCGAGGCCUACAGCAAGAUGGAGCGAGAGAAGAGCACCGAGAUUGAGCUGCUGAGCAGCAGGGUCCAGCAGCUGGAGGAGGAGAACACUGAAAUGAAGGUGAACGUGUCCCGGUUGAAGUCCCAGACAGAGAGACUCGAUGAGGAGCGCCAGCGCAUGACCGACAAGCUGGAGGACACCAGCCUGCGCCUGAAGGACGAGAUGGACCUGUACAGGAAGGUGAUGGACAAGCUGAGGCAGAACAGGCACGAGUUCCAGAAGGAGAAGGAGGCCAUGCAGGAGCUGAUUGAGGACCUGCGGCGGGAGCUGGAGCACCUGCAGCUCUUCAAGCUGGAGGUGGAGAAGCCCGGCCGCGGACGCAGCUCCUCCUCCAGCCUGUCCGAGCUCACCGCCAAGACGCGGGAGAUGGAGCUGGAGCACGAGGUCAAGAGGCUCAAGCAGAGGCUAAUUUCCCAGGAGACCCCCUCUGAGUUCCAGCAGCUUGUCCGCACUGGGGUGCAGCUCCUUCCCGGUUGGCUGGAGAACCAGAAGCUCCGGGACCAGAACGACGACCUGAACGGGCAGAUCCUGAGCCUCAGCCUGUACGAAGCCAAGAACCUGUUCGCCACGCAGACGAAAGCGCAGUCCCUGGCGGCCGAGAUCGACAACGCCUCCCGGGACGAGCUGAUGGAGGCUCUGAAGGAGCAGGAGGAGAUUAAUUUCCGGCUGCGUCAGUACAUGGACAAGAUCAUCCUGGCCAUCCUGGACCACAACCCCUCCAUUCUGGAGAUCAAGCACUAGAGCCCCGCCGCCCAGGGAGAGAGGAGCCACGCUGUGCAGACAGCGCCCCCUGCAGCCGUGGAGGGGUCUGAACUGCACUCCUGCAGCCGCUGGAACUAAAAGUCACUCUGUGUUUACAAGGAGUUUCGGUACUUCACUUCAGAAGUCUGUGAAUCACAAGAAGAUGUUGAUAUCUUGCGAGCACUUUUUUGCAUUUUCUAUUAUUUGUUUUGUCAUUGAUACUGCUGUAUGUGGUCUUUUGAAAAAAGGCAUUACAACUGGAACUUAUCUUUUAAACACUGGGGGUUUUUGUGUUUUAAAAUAAAUACAUAUAUAUAUAUUCUACCUCUGGGUAUGUUACAUUAGUCUGCAAUAUAUUAAAGUAACAGUUGAAAACAUGCAGACUUCUGUGACCUCCUGCCAGAGUGUGUCCCUUAAGGAGGGGCUCUGCGGACACCCCAGUGGUCAGAGCUGGGGGGUGUGGCUGUGUUCUCUGGGGGGUGUUGUAUGUCCCAUCUCUGGGUAAGUUGAUUUCAACCCUGAACUGAACCAGUUCACUUGCUGAUCAGACUUAUUGCUGUUGAAUCAUUUUGUGGAUUUUCAGCCCCAGAGAAGAGUGCUCUAGAUUCUAAGUCUUUGUUUGGUUAAGGGCUGAAGUCUGUAGCUGAGAGUCAGAGGAGGCUAGAAUGCAGAGUAACUGGGCUGGGGGAGGAGGGGAGCGGGAGAGGGGCAGAGUGGGGGUAUUUAUUGAGUGCUGGGGCUGGAGGGGAGAGGGGCAGAGUGGGGGGUAUUUAUUGAGUGCUGGGGCUGGAGGGGAGCGGGAGAGGGGCAGAGUGGGGGGUAUUUAAACCUGUGGUGAAAGCGCAGUGAGGAGAGCUAGCCCCUGGUGUCUGUUGAGUAGCUCAGAUGAGGUGAGAUGGGCCUCGGGAAGAGAGACUCAAGGCUUGAAAGGAGGUGUGGGCAGGUGGAUGGCUGAGGAUGUGUUCAGGGGAGGCAGAAGUUAUGACAGCGCCUACUGCUGGUGGGAGAGGCCCAUGGCAACCUGUUGAACCUGCCUGCCACCUGGCUGCGCCGCUCUCUGGUCCGGCCCAGCAGGAGCUCUUCAAGGGCACAGGCACGGGGGUCGGGGUCACAGUCCUGAACCUGAGGAUUUAUCAAAUUGCUGAAAGGACUCUAAUGCACUGGUGCCUUCAGUGUUACAUAUUGGAGACUGGCUGUAAAUACCCAGCCAUUCUGAUAGACAGUCAAUUUCUGCAACCCAGCUGUUUUAUUAAAAAGAAAAGAUUCUCUUGAGAAACAUUUUACCUCCUGGGUUCCAGGUUCUAAUGCUAGUGGAUUGCUGAAAGCUGAGCAGGUGCGCCCCAAUCCCGAGCUGAGACUGAGGCUCGUCUCCCCCAGUGUCCCGGCAGAGAGCCAGCUCUCCUCACAGACAUCGCCCAGCUACAGCCCUGCUCCGUCGGCAGUGCAGUCAGUCUGAACGCAAGAAACGUGCAGAUCUACAGUAUCUAAACAAUAUAUACUUUGAGAAAAGCCAGAGAUGGGAAAUGCUGAUUAAGAUGAUUAUAAGACAAAAAAAUGUGAAUGUAUUGUAGAAGAGCAAAGCUAUAGAAUGUAUCGUGUAAAAACGACCAGAAAGUUUUAUUUUUUCAUUAUGGAUGUAUUGAUGAAAACAGGAUGUGGAGAAGGUCUCAGGAGGUCGAUCUUUGCUGGAGCAGGUGCAGGGCGCGAGUGUGUUCGAUAUGGAGUCGAGUUAGAAAACCGCGCGUGUCAGCAGGAGUAACAGAGGGGAAGGGAGGAGAGGAGGUCAGGAGGGCAGGAGAAGGGAGGUUUGGGACAGGAGGUGCAGUCCUGAACUGUGCUGGAUGACGGAGUAAGAGAAUUGGCAUCGUGAGCAGAGGGACAUGCCCAGCUCUCACCCUGGUGUAGUGCCACUCUUCCACUGGCCCGCGGCUUGUUGCAGGCCAAGCACGUGGUAACUCCUGAAUCUCUGCGAUCACACAGAGACCCCCGGUUCUCCGUGAGCACGCUGGCUCUGUGCAGGUGUUCCAGGAGAAGCUCAGCCACUGCAGUAAUAAAAAGAUAUGGUGAUAUUAAUAAUAUCGCCCUAGCUGGGGUACAUUUUUAUGUCUUCUGGGUAUCUUGUGCCCAUUGGUUGCACAAUAAAUUUUAAAAAAAUGACUGUAUACUGUAAAUGUCAUGAAUGUAUUGUUUCACAUUUCGUCCUUUUAACUUGUGAAUGUGGGACUGAUUGGUGAGAUGGAGAUUAACUGGGAUUUCACAGAAGCAAUACUUGUGUGUUAUUGCAGUAUUUUGAAGAGCUGUAUAGAUGAGUUGAAAACUGUACACUUUAUUGAUACCAACCUUAGUUUCGCUUUGUUACACAAACUGUAGUGAGGUUUCUUUGUGUGGGGGGGUUAUUCUUUUGGUAUUUGUGCCUUUUUUGCUAAAAGUGUCACAAGUUUAGUUGCUUUUUGUUUUCCUGUUUUUUUGCCAGCUAGAUUAAAAGCUUUUAGAUGUUUUCUGUUCUUAAUCUGUCGGAAUGUUUUACAUAAACUGUAAAUUGUGUACAUAAGAUAGCAACUAUUUGUAUUCAUGUGCCAUGCAUCACAGGUUUAAAAGCAAGCAAAGCUCUCUUUUUUACAGUUUUUUGACAACAAUUGAGAUGUCUUAUGUGUGCUAUCAAAUAGAUUACUGCACAAUUUUUGUUCUUUGUAAACUUAGAAGCAAAGCAUAGUUUGGGAAAUAUUUUUAGAGACUUCUCUGGUUUUCUGUACUGGACAGCCUUGUGCUCCAUUGUGCAACACUGGUUUAUUUUGAUUGUGUAGCUCUCAUGCCUUUUCCUUUGUUUUAAUCACUGUUGUGUUUUUUGAAGGGGGUGAUUGUCUUCUUCAUUUCACUCAGUGUGUUUCUUCUUAGCCAAGUGCUGAAGGAAAUGCUGGCACUGUCUCCUGCACCAGCCCUGUCUGAGAAGAGAGGAAAGUCUCAGUGCCCGCAGUUGUCUGGGCUCUCUCACGGCCCCACUGCUGAGCUGCUGUCUCCAGACCAAGAGCAGGGCUGGCGGAGAAGAGGCAGCAGCUCCUGAGACUCCUGAGAAAUCACUGUGCAACAGCCAGUCAGCUGUUGACUACUCACAUAAUACCAUCAGUGAGAGAGUCAGCUUCCUCUUCAAACUGCAGAUUUAAAACUGACCCAUUUCCGUCCUGGGCUCUUAAAUACUUUAAGGCUGUGUCUGUUCCUGACCAGCGUCAUCUCAAAGCUCUGCAGGUCCUCGCUGUUGUGCCCAAUACUUUGCCCUGUGAUUUGACCAGAGUCCCCAGACGUUUUGCAAGGUCUUGCCCAGGCCUUGCUGCUACUGUGGCACCAGCAUGGGUGACCUUGCUUCUUCUGGGAAAGCAGCAGGUCUCUUUCAAUUGCCCCAUGGCCAAAGCCCAAAAGCAGGUAUAGUGAAGAACUGUAGUUUGAUUAAAUCUUCUUGGUAGGACUGGGGUGCCUGCAGCCCUGUAAAUUGGGCACUGUGGCUGCCUGAGAGCAGUUGUGCUUUCUUGCAGCCAGGCCCCUGUCCAGAAGGCUGGGGGUCCGAGUCAGACGCCAGCAGGGCAGCCUGGCCAAGGAAGCGCUGGAGCAGUGAUAUUGCUUCCUCCUCGUUCAUCUCAACCUGUUUUCAGUUUGCUGUGUAGACCUCUCUCUUACAGCGCUGGUUUCCUGUUGUGCUGUACCACUGAAUCACAGUUCACUUAUUUUCCUGUGAGGUUUUGUAAGAGCUGGUUUUUGCUAAUGUGACUUCUUACUGAUAGUCGUGAUGUUGUACAAACGUUAAGCUGUAAAUAAAAACGAUUUGCUAAUGGCAUGACUAAAG